AUGGAUUCCGUUCUGCUCUCAAGCCCCCGAAACCAGCCGAGCGGGCAACGAUCGUUGAGCGGCGGCUGGCCAGAACGCCUGACGUGCGACAGCCAGCUGGUGCCCCCGGCCCGAGACGGGCUGGCCCCAAGGAGCGGAGAAGACGAGGCCCCGCUUGGAGAAGGGGGCCCGCCCGAGGACUGCUCGAGCCGCCAUCGCUCGUCGGCCUACUGCUUGUUCGUGUUGAGCGUGGCCCUGACCACGUCCGCGGUGAUGCUCGUCGCGCCUACCGCACUGCUGACGACCGCCGGCCUACGCGGCCGCAUCUCUCUGGGCGAGGAGCUGCAGGCCACGCUCGACCACACCGUGCACCCGUGCGAUGACUUCUACCGGCCGCUGGAAUGUUGUGAUGGCAGCAGUCUUCUGCGCGUUGAGGCGGACUCCAGACUUGCUGAUGACGUGGUCCAGGAACAGAGGCUCAUCCUGCUCAAGGCCGGCGAGCUUCUGUGCCCAUGGGAAGGGCGAGAGCAGUCUGGCUACGGGCCCGAGUUCUACGCCCAGCAGCCCGGCCAGAACACCGCCGCCGCCGUCUGCUCGUGCCGCCAAGCCGCCUGCCAGAGCAAGGGCGCUCCAAGCCAGAGCAAGGGCGCUCCGGUCGCCCGGUCAGCCAUCCCACACCCCGACCUUUGGCACGUCUGUGGCGCCUGGGACGGAAAGAGGAGGCAUUUCUUGUCCCCCUUUGACAAGUACAACUACGCUUACAGCGAGGGCAUCGUCAAGGACAUGCUGCUCCAACACAUCCCUUUGCGCUCCACCAAGGCUAAAGAAAAGGCCGCAGGGUUCAUGUUCCGUUGCCUCAGCAGGACCGAAGGACAAAACACUUCGAUGCUCAGCGCGUUCCUCAAGGAGCUCGGUCUACCUUGGCCGAGCAGGUCUUCUGCCACACGACCGCAGCUUCUCGGACUUCUGGUGCGUGCGUCGCUGCAGUUUGGCAUGCCGAUGUUCUGGGCUUUCUACGUGGGUCGCCAUCCUCAUAAGUCCUCAGAAAACACAUUAUACAUGACUUUGGACCCACGGUUCGAGCAAUGGAUCGAUGACAUCGAGGCACUCAGGAACGAAGAUAAAGCGCACGACUACCUGAGGCGCUGCGCGGAAAUCGUGGGUGGCAAGGGGCAGUCGUACUCGCGCAUGAUUCGCCACGUGCUACUAGCGCAUGACGCUGUUGUGGAGUUGGUGCGCCUCCGCUGGGGUCCAGACGCCGUGCCUAGGUUCUACAGCUUGAGCGACCCGGACCUUCGCCGGGCAGUGAACGGCCACCUUCCCGACGACUCUCAGCUCUGGCCCGUAGACGAGAUUGUCAACAUGCAGCCCGAUUUUUUCGCUGCCCUGGACGCGACGCACCUGAGCCUGAGUGGUUACCAGGAGCGCUUCAAGCUGUUCCUCGGCGCCUACGUUGUUUGGGUGCUGUCGCCGAUGGUGUCACCGUACUUGACGAGCAGCAUGCUCGCUGACAUGCAUCGACAAGUGAGCGAGAACAGCCACCGCUUCUUCAAGUGUCUCGAGUCCAUGGCCACGUUAUUGCCCCUGGUCAAGUGGCAACUGCACCGAGACGCGCAGGGAGACCUGGCGCCUACUUGGAACAUCUUCCGCAUGGCUGCGCUCUCAACAACCACCUGGUUGAGCUUCUAUAGCGAUACAAUGAGAAAGCACAUGAGGGCCCUCUUGGCGCGAAUGGUGGUGAAUGCCUUCAACAUGACCAACACGUGGGAUAUGCUGGACAACGCGUUCGCCUACCUGCCCAACGACACUAGCGGCACCUUCUUCGAGCUGUACCGGAGACAAGCCAGCGCGACCGUGGCUUUCUUCAAGCAGUCCCUGAACAGGCCGCAGCACAGCAUCUAUCACGUGCCGGGAAUCGCUAGCCACCAACUUUACCGGCUGCUGGUAGGCCGGCAAGUGACCGUGUAUCACUUCCACACAUCUGCGCCGCUCUACAAGCCUUGGUACCCGGUAUCUGUGGUAGCGGCUCUGGCUGGGACUUUCGUUUCCGGUCAAAUCGUCACGCUGAUUCGAUUCGCCUUCUAUUAUGGCAUGCGCUUUGAGGAAUACAGCAAAGAGCAGUUUAAACCAGGAGCGUGGCAGCUCUACAUGGACGUGCUGCGCUUCAUCGCCGUGCUUAACGCAUCCGCCAUCUUGCCUGGUGCGAGCCUUCGGGAACUGCGCGAGGUAUACGUUCAGAGCGUUGGGGCACACAUUGCCAGUGGCCUGUCGGCGCUGAGCGAGGGCAUCCACAGCGGUGGAACACACGCUUUCAGCGGAAUCCCGGCCGAGCAGCUGUUCUUCCUCAUCAAAUGCUUCUCCCUGUGCGGCAAGUCGGGACGCGUGCUUCAGGGAAAUGUGAGUUGCCUGUGAUCGUCCAUCUCGAUGCUGCUUAGCUUAAGACCUGCACCGACAUUAUGCUUCGCUUUACCACCGCAGUAUGACUCAGAAUGGGGAAGACAAGGUCAAAAUCUUCAACUUCUCAUUACCUCAUUAUGACGUUGAACGAGAAAUUUACAGAUGAAGACCAUUUAGCUGUAAGACACUGAUCGCCAUUAUCUUCAGUCAUAUGUUAAAAUCAGUUACUGCAAAACAUGU